AUGGCUCCUUCGUUGUCACUCAUAUUCGGAUUGGUGACGUUGCCUUUGAAAUUGCUAUACCUUACCUUGCAAUUCUACACUGUGGGCACAGUCUUCACCAAUGCCACGGCAAAGAAAUCUUUAGUCAAGACGUUGCACAACGGCCUCUGUCAGCACAUGGGCUGUGCUCUCAGAGUUCAGGAUUUGCAACUCGCCUAUGUGCCAGUGUCCAAGCUUUUACUGAGCAUGUCGAAGGCCCUUGGUCGAUUGCCCGGAUUCAACGAGAAGUACACCGAUAAGGAAGACUUCAUUUGUGAAAGCCGUUGGCUCACCAAAAACAUUGACUCAAAGGAAUCUCCCAUUGUGCUUUACUUCCAUGGUGGUUGUUUUGCAAUCCAAAUGCUGGACAACCAAGCUCAGGGAAUGGCCAACUUGUAUGAAGCCUACAAAUUGAGGUAUGGUGUGGACCUUUCGAUCUUGGUGGCAGAUUAUUCAUUGACUCCUUUGGGUUACACAUACCCUACUCAAUAUAAUGAGGCCGUGAGUCUUUAUGAGAAGUUAGUUGCGGAUGGCUACACCAAGAUUGUCAUUAUGGGAGACUCGGCGGGAGGAAACCUUGUUCUCAAUAUCCUCAAUUAUCUCCAUAAGCGAAGCAAACACCAAGAUGUCGUAUGGCCUGUGGCCUCGAUUGCUAUUUCUCCAUAUCUCAAUCUCUCAAAGCAAGAAUUCUCUGGAAGCUUCAAAAGGUUCGAUAAGGUGGACUUUUUUAACUACGCCAUGACAAGCUACUUGGGUAAUGUAUAUAUUGGUGGCGAUGAGUUUUUGCAUGCUUCACCAGUGGUCAAUAUAGAGUUGAAUUCAGAUAAGGUGGACUGGAAAAACAUUGCUCCAAUUAAGGAAGGUAAUUUACUCGUGCAAUUUGGUGACCACGAAGUCCUUACCGAUGAGAUCUUGAGAUGGUGCGAGCAGGCAGAGCUUACAAAGAACCAUCCGGAAAACAUCGCCAUUGACAUUGAUGGAGUUCAUAUCGGUUUCUUUAUUACUGAGAGUGUUGCUUACGGCGAUAUUGAGUCAUGGCUGAAUCAAUAUUGCGCCAACUCUAUCUUGACGUUUUUGAAAAGAAAGCUUGAGUAA